AUGGGUGACCACCUACCCACCGAGCACGACACGCCCACGGAGGGCGCGGCAUCGGCGGCGCAGGCCGUUUCGUCAGUCAUGCAAAGCGAAGCUCACGCAACCAGUGAGAGCCACGCGGCCGGCGAAGCUCCCGCAGCCAUCGUCGCCGUUUCCAAUGCCGCACAAACCGACACCGGCUCCAAGCGUUCCGGUGGCAAGACCCCGGCCGUGCAGAUCAGGGGACUAGAACUCUGGUACGGCGGCGACACGAACCGGGUGGACAUAUUCCGCGGCGUCGACAUGACCGUGCAGCGCGGCGCCAUCUACGCGCUGCUCGGCUCAUCGGGCUGCGGCAAGACCACCCUGCUGCGCUGCAUCAUGGGUCGCAAGCGCUUCCAGGAGGGAACCAUCCGCGUGUUCGGCUACAAGCCGGGAACCGAAGGCUCCAAGAUACCCGGCGCCAACGUGGGCUACAUGCCGCAGGAGGCGGCCCUCUUCGACGCCUUCUCCAUCGAGGAGACGAUGCACUUCUUCGCGCGCAUCUACGACCUGCCGCCGGAGGCGGCCCAGCAGCGUGCGGAGUUCCUCGUCUCCUUCCUGGAACUGCCGGACCCAAAGCGGCUCGUGUCGUACCUGAGCGGCGGCCAGAAGCGGCGCGUCUCCCUGGCCGUGUCGCUGAUGCACAACCCGCCGCUGCUGAUCUUGGACGAGCCGACCGUCGGCAUCGACCCGGUGCUCCGCAUGAACAUCUGGGAACACAUGGUGGCGCUGGCCGAACGGGAGCGCAUGUCCAUCAUCAUCACGACGCACUACAUCGACGAGGCCCGGCUCGCGUCCGCCGUGGCUUUCUUGCGGCACGGCGUCAUCCUGGCCGAAGACCCGCCCGAAGUGCUCAUGCGACGACACAACACCGACAACUUGGAAGAGGUGCGCGAGACGAACAAUGCGGCAGGAGGGAACGCGGCGGGCGACGCCUUAGGCGCGAAUGACGGAGGCUCCAGCACGCUCUCGUUCAUGGCGUCCGUGGCUCGCGUGCGCAGCAGCUUCAGGGCAUACGACCGCAAGGACUUGGACCGGUCGCUGGCACGUAUCGGUGCCAUCUUCUACAAGAACGUGGUGAAGCUGCGUCGCAGCGUGGCGCUGCUGCUGUACAGCUUCCUGCUGCCCUCCAUCGAGGUGAGCAUCUUCUGCUCCAUCGUGGGCAACACCCCGUUCGACCUGCACAUCGCCGUCGUCAAUGAGGAGCCCGCGCCGACCACGCCCAACGCCAAGCUGUUCAGCCUCGAAUUCCUGGCGCACAUCGACGGCAGGAUCCUACCGCAGGUGAAAUUCGACAACUUGCAGGCUGCCCUGAACUCCGUGAGAAACGGCGAGACGUACGGCGUCAUCCACAUGAAGAGCAACAUCACCAAGAGCAUACGGGAACGCUACUCGCCCACCACCAAGCUCUCCAAGGAACUCGUCGACUUCGCCUCGGUGCACGUCUACCUGGACAUGUCCAAACACUUUGACUUCAUGGCAGCGUCACUUGGCUACAACAUCACUAAUCACACGCCGCCGGUCACGUGUGUUCCAGAUCAGCAAGUCUUCCUGACCAUAGACUCGUACCUGAGGUUCUCUCUGGAAAUCACGCUGCCGGAUUUUCUGCCCAAUAAGUUCGCCGCCGCUGAUGUCCUUGUGUUUGAGGAUCCCGUCGUUGGCAGCAAGAGUGCAACCUUCAGCGAAUUCGUUGCCCCUGGCAUGAUCCUUACGAUCACGUAUUUCAUGGCGAGUACCGCGUGCCUCAACACCCUCCUAGAAGAGAAAUCCGACGGGCUUCUGGAGAGGUGCAUCGUGGCUGAACAGCUGGUCAGAAUGAGUGGGUCAACGCCACCGCUGAGAGCCACUUUGUCCGUGUAUCGUUGUAUCGCAUCGGCGUCCAAUUUCUCGGCGUACACGCUCAAGCGAGACGAGUGCUCAUCGCCCAUGGCUGCAGCAGCUUCACAACCGGUACAAUCGCGGAGGAACUCACCGCUGGCACUCCGCCGGCACGCGCUGUGGUCUGUUGCAGGUGUCCGCUCGUUCGAAGUGGUGCUCGCCCACGUCAGCUCGCAGAUAUUCAUCAUCGUGGUGCAAGACUUGCUCCUGCUCUUCGUUGCGUUCGUCAUCUUCGAGUUGCCUUCGCGCGGACCCAUUUACGCCGUGAUCAUUAUCACGCUGCUGCAGGGAAUCUGCGGCAUGAUGUUUGGACUCCUUAUCUCGUCCUUGUUCGAUGAUGCCGACGCGGCCACGAUGGUCGCCGUCGGUGCCAACUACCCGGCCAUGAUGAUCAGCG